UCGAAAGAUUGUCAGUUUAUCUGUGUGAGACAGAAGAAAUGUAAAAUGAAAAUGUAAUAUAGUUAUAAUGUAAAGUAAAAAUGUAAUGUAAUGUUGUUUGUUGUUGUGCUGAGGAAAGAUUUUAUGAUGGGUCAUGAUAGGCAUUUACAUUUACAAUGUUUAUAUUUGUUUUGAAUCUUGAAUGGAUGUCUCACAGUACCGUGUAAAUGAAGUUCCUGCUUCAGCUUUUUACAUUCCAAACUUUAUCACUGAUAACGAGGAAUCACACAUUAUAAAACAAGUCUAUGCAGUUCCAAAACCAAAAUGGACUAGUCUUUCUAAUAGAAGAUUGCAAGAUUAUGGAGGUAUUCCACACGAAAAAGGAAUGAUACCAGAAAGAAUACCGAGUUGGUUACAAGCAUAUUUAAAUAAAAUUGCUGAGUUACAAAUUUUCGAACAGUGUAAACCAAAUCAAGUAUUAGUAAAUGAGUAUUUACCUGGACAAGGUAUUAUGCCUCAUUCUGAUGGGCCGCUUUUUUAUCCUACAAUAAGCACUAUUUCAUGUGGUUCUCACACUGUAUUAGAAUUUGUAACAAAUGACGAGAGUCGAAAGAAAGUCUGCAAUAUAUUUUUAGAACCAAGAAGUUUAAUCAUAAUUAAAGAUGAUUUGUAUUCAAAAUACUUACAUUCCAUUUCAGAAAGAAAAUUUGAUUCCAUAAAUGACUGUGCUAAUAAAGAUUGUUGUCAAUUAGAUUCCUGUGAUCAAGAACUGGAGAGGUCAACGAGGAUAUCUUUAACUAUUAGAAAUGUUCCAAAAGUUUUAAAAAUAAAAUUAUUUUAAAUUGUA